CGAGUCAGGCGACAGAGCCCGGCAGGGUUGGCACUUACCCACGACCCCCCUUCCCUGCUAUGAUGACCCGUCCGUAGCAACUUCCAGACCCCCUGGGGGUAUGUAGGCAGAGCUAGCGGCAGCCAGGUGCGCAGAGCCACAGGAGCUCUAGGGCACUCUGAGGGCAGCUCUGCCUGCUGCGCUCUCUGGUGCCUGGGGAAAUGCCCAACUGACGGGAGAGCUGGUGAGGACAAGAACGUUCCCUUUUGGCGAGUCCGCUGCAUCCAUGGCGCUGCUGGCCAGCCUGGUGCCCCUGUGCUGCUUGGCACUCCUGGCACUGCCGGCCCAGAGCUGCGGGCCGGGCCGGGGACCGGUUGGCCGGCGCCGCUACGUGCGCAAGCAGCUCGUGCCGCUGCUCUACAAGCAAUUUGUGCCCAGCGUGCCGGAGCGGACCCUGGGCGCCAGUGGGCCGGCGGAAGGGAGGGUGACAAGGGGCUCCGAGCGCUUCCGGGACCUGGUGCCUAACUACAACCCCGACAUCAUCUUCAAGGAUGAGGAGAACAGCGGUGCAGACCGCCUGAUGACUGAGCGUUGUAAGGAGCGGGUGAACGCUCUGGCCAUUGCCGUUAUGAACAUGUGGCCCGGAGUGCGCCUACGGGUGACCGAGGGCUGGGACGAGGACGGCCACCACGCUCAGGACUCACUCCACUACGAAGGCCGUGCCUUGGACAUCACCACGUCCGACCGCGACCGCAAUAAGUAUGGGUUGCUGGCGCGCCUGGCAGUGGAAGCUGGCUUCGACUGGGUCUACUACGAGUCCCGCAACCACGUCCACGUGUCGGUCAAAGCCGAUAACUCACUGGCGGUCAGGGCAGGCGGCUGCUUUCCGGGAAAUGCCACCGUGCGCCUUCGGAGCGGCGAGCGGAAAGGGCUGCGGGAACUGCAUCGCGGAGACUGGGUGCUGGCGGCAGACGCGGCAGGACGGGUGGUGCCCACGCCCGUGCUGCUCUUCCUGGACCGGGACUUGCAGCGCCGGGCCUCUUUCGUGGCUGUGGAGACCGAGCGGCCCCCGCGCAAGCUGUUGCUCACGCCCUGGCACCUGGUGUUCGCCGCUCGAGGGCCAGCGCCGGCGCCAGGCGACUUUGCACCCGUGUUCGCGCGCCGCCUGCGCGCGGGGGACUCGGUGCUGGCGCCAGGCGGGGACGCGCUUCGGCCGGCGCGCGUGGCCCGCGUGGCGCGGGAGGAAGCCGUGGGCGUGUUUGCGCCGCUCACAGCGCACGGAACGCUGCUGGUCAACGAUGUCCUGGCCUCGUGCUACGCGGUUCUGGAGAGUCACCAGUGGGCGCACCGCGCCUUUGCUCCUCUGCGCCUGCUGCACGCGCUGGGGGCGCUGCUUCCGGGCGGGGCCGUCCAGCCGACUGGCAUGCAUUGGUACUCUCGGUUCCUCUAUCGCUUGGCGGAGGAGCUGCUGGACUAAGCGCUCCAGGCAUAGAAACCUCGAGGCGCCCGCCUAAACGGGGGCGUGCGGGCUGAGAUCUGGGGAUAUGGGCAGCAGAUGAUGCUGACUGGGAGGUGGGUUAGGGAGGAAAAUAGAUGCGAUGGUUUAGGGGCAACCUCUAACUGAGAGGUUGGGUCCUAAAUAGGUGGGGUUGUUGAUGAGUAUUCCUUGACGUGGACUGUUUCGCCUCUUCCUCCCCAGUGCCUCAGCCCAACCCGAUUAUUUUAUUUUAUUUUCUAUUUAUAAAUUGUAAUAUAAUGAUCUGCUUGCCCCGCCUGGCAAGAUGAGCGGCUGGGGCACGGCGUUAACACUGACACUGGAGCCAAACUGACAUUUUUCCUACAGGUAGGCUAAUAAAGGGAAGGCUUCCAGGAGCUUGUUGGGGAUAUCUCUAUUUAGAUGGUGAUUUACCUCCAGAUGUGGGGGAGAAAGGGGACCAUACCUUACUUCCCACUCUUCCUCCUUACCCAGCAGGUCCUCUGGCCCUGCUUUCUCCUCUCAGAAAAGGCAUCCCAAUCGAUCAGCAACAGGAUCAGUAACAGAGACCAGAGGAGUCUGAACUAUUCUAGGCUGCUAGUUCUUUCUCCCACCCAGAGAGGACCAGCAUUCUGCCCACAUGAUUGCUUACCACCUGUUGGAGGGUGAGAAAACACAAACACGUCCUUUCUCCAUUCAUAGGGGCUCCAAAGGCGGCUGAGGCCAUUGUGGGUUCUGAUACAUAAAGAAUUCUGGCCCCCAAUUGUUAGCCUGCAGUCCUGGUCCCUCCCUCAAGAAUCACCCUAGCCCCCAUCCUACUCUGGUAUUGGGGGUCUACAUGGGGCCGAUGUUUUUUUUCUGGGAUGUCACUGGACCAACUAAUGACCCAUGGGAAUCUCUAGCUAAUAUAUAACUGAUAGUUCUCACACACUGUUGAUCGAGAAAGAACCUGGACGGAGGGCUGGAACCUAUCCUUCCUGCUGGGCUCAGCACAAAGAACAGCUUCAGCCCAAGUGUAUGGAGUAGGGGGACAGGCUCUCCAAGCAAGAGCAUAUAGGAAUUACAACCUGAACCCCUUUCCUGAUCACCUGUCCUUGUCAUUUCUACUGGCUUUCUCCACUGUACCCCUCUCCCCUCUCCCAUUAUCACCAGCUCUGCUUUCCCAGCCUGGGUGUUUCUGGAAAUUUUUUGGGUUCCAAUGCAGCAGACAUCUGGAAUCCAGGCAGGCAGGUGCCCCUGAGUUAGGAACGGCAGCUCAGAGGAAGUUGGACUGCACUGGAAGAGGGAUAUCUAGAGCCUGGGAGAUGGUAGGGGUUGUUGGUACCACCAGGAGCCCGCCCUUCCCUGUAGCAGCUGUACUCUUCCUGCACAGUGUCCCUGCUAUACACCGCCCUCUAGUGGCCUUCAGGAUCGGUUCCCUCCCAGGCCAAAGGGAAAAGAACCACAUACUACACAGAUGGGUGGACUGGAUCUGCGUAAAGGAGCCUUCUCCCAGGCGGCAAGAGAUGGUGCAUGGGGCUUGUUAAGCUGCCAGGGAUGAGCCAUGGGUGUCACCGGCUGGCGAGGAGCCCACCUGCCUCUCGUUGGGAAAGUCCUUCCAAACCAUGGCACUUUUGCAUCCCCUGCACGUGGUUUAGUUCUGUGGCUCCUGGAAGCUAGAGGUGUAGUUGUAGACUGUAGUAGUGCAGAUUUCCACGUGCAUCUAAGUUGCCCACUCAUCUCCCUCACCUUUGUGACCCUUGAUUUCAGUGUCUGGAGGUGAAAACAUACUUAGGGUCCCAGGUUGUGCUUGUUAAAGCCAACAUAUGGAAGCAGGCUAAGUUUACCUUUAAGUGUCCUUACACCUCUCACUUCCCUCAAUCCACACCAGGUGCCUGUUUCCGCCACCUGCCCCCUUUCCUGAUUUUAGAAACACACUCCAAGCUUUGGACCUUUCCUACUUUUUUUUUUUCUCUAAAACUGCCCUUGUCUCACUCUAUCAGAUUCUGAUGCCCUCCGCAUGUCACUACAGGGGAUGACUAAUCUGAUAAGCUAAUUAGUAUUUCUAUGUUGAUGGCCUCCCUGUUUUUACUACUCUUCCCAGGUGAAGCAUAUAUUUUAAAGGCCAGCUGAAAAUAAGACUUUAAGCCACAAAAUCAUAGUGGUGCUGAUUCCUAGUACUUCAAUACGUUGGGCAGGGAUAUAGUUGGGGACAUCAUUGGAUAUUGGAGAACUAAUUGGUUCCCCUUAAGCUACAUCCUAUAGACUACUUCCCAGGUCUGAGGCUCACCUCUCACUCCUGACUUCCAUCCUUCAUUAUUCUUGUCCCCUUGAGGCUCUCCCAGCUCCCCCCACCCCCCCCCCCCAAAAAUCCAUUAUCUUCCUUCAGGCAGCGAAGAGCACUGUCUCUAUGAAGAUGGCCAGGAAGGCAUAUUCACUUGGCCACACAACAUCUCCAGAUGCAACACCUCUUCUUAUCAGCAAAAUAAGCAGGGAGGCUUAGGGAAAGGGCAUGGUUUGGAAGUCAGGUAGACCUCCUGACAGGAUUCUUGACAGUAUCAGUGUAUGUGACCAAUGUGGAACAGACGCCCAGUGAAUGUUGUCCAUGCUCUGCACCCAUUUCUCACUGCCUGUGCUGCUUUCUGCUGUCUGUCUGCUUCUUUCCUCACCACUCCACUAGAAGCAGCAUUAUCAAUGGUUCCCAGACUCUGGGGGAGGGGACUGUGUAGCCCCUAAAAUUGUUUGAUUUCAUAACACUCCGUUCUUCAGAAGGUGCUGUGUGACAGAU